AUGCCUUCUACGACUGGCGUUUCUCAAGCGCCAUCGCUUACAACCUAUCUGAAAUCGCUCAAAGUCAAUUCCAUCGACACAUCCAUUGAGCUUCUCAUCUCACUUCUCAAACGGCGGCAGAUCAAAAACUCCCGCUGUUGCGCUAUUGCAACUGCACGACUACUGCUCCGUCUCGUAUCUCUCCAGCGCUGGAAGGAUGCGCAAUCACUGAUUCAAAGGAUUCGUGAUGUUGGACGCCGAUUGGUUGCUGCGCAACCGCGGGAAAUGGCUGUGGGCAACAUUGUGCGCAGAAUCCUUGGGAUCGUGAGGGAAGUCGCCGAAGAUGACCUCGAAGGUGGUGAUGCUGAGGGUGGAGGCCAUCAAGCCACUCUUGGUGCUGGAGUCUUGUCUCAAACAGCACCGAUUCAAGCGGCUCUCUCACCUACGCUGGACAGCUCAGAUCAUGCAAUCCAACGCCCGGGAAUGCCAUCUCAAGCAGGCUCUCUCUUUGGUAUUUUCCAACAGCCCGGCUUUACUUCAUCACCAGUCGCGACUCCGCCGCUGGGAGGCUCCUCGGGUACCGCGACUCCACUUCCGGGCAAAAAGGACGCACAGGUGGRAAAGCUUGACAUCAAAGCCGAAGUGAUUGACGGAAUCAAAGAACUUCUCGAUGAGCUCGAGGUUGUCKACUCUCAGAUUGCAGAGUCAGCACUGGAUCAUGUCCACUCGAACGAGAUCAUCCUCACGCACACCUCAUCGCAGACUGUUCAGAAGUUCCUCGUUGCAGCAGCGAAAAAGCGAAAGUUUACCGUAUUUCAUGCAGAAGCUUAUCCCAACGAUCAUCUCGUCACGCAUGCAACAAUCGUGAACGGAGGCGGCAGCGAUGACGAUGCAGGGAGUGAAAAGUGGAAGGCGCUGACCUCGCUUGGAAUCAAAGUCAUUCUAAUCCCCGACUCUGCCGUUUUUGCACUCAUGUCACGGAUCAACAAGGUCAUCCUCGCACCGCACACUGUCCUCGCAGAUGGCAGCCUCAUUGCCGCGGCCGGUGCAAGUGUCAUUACGCAAGCGGCAAAGGAGCAUCAUGUUCCAGUCGUGGUUCUCAGCGGAGUGUACAAGCUCAGUCCGGUCUAUCCGUUCGAUAGCGCCGAUUUGUUGGAGCAGGGAGACCCAGGGAAUGCCGUUGGUUUCGAACAAGGGAGUUUUGUGGAAGGCGUAGACGUGGUAAACCCGCUUUACGAUCAUGUCGGAGCUGACAAGGUGGAUCUAUACGUUACGAAUCUUGGUGGAUGUGCCCCAAGUUAUCUGUAUCGGAUUGUUGGAGAUCACUAUAGGGCGGAGGAUGUAGAGUUGUGA